GCAUGUCAAAAGCCCUGUUUAAACUGCUUGCGCCGAAAGAAAGUGCAUCUGCAGUUGUUAUGAGAUACAAUAUAUCUAUAGCGAACAAUUCCGACACCGCCAAUCACCACCCAAUAACAAAAGAAACGUCGCACACGGAUGGAUUGCGCACAUACUCAGAACUGCGCUGUAAAAGUAUGCGUAAUUGCGUAUAUGCGCUCACAUAAUGUAGGUAUAGAAGUUUUACUACGCGAAACUUGCACGUCAGAGCCAGGGAGCGAGACAGACACACGACCUAACCUAACCUCGAAGUUGAGAGCCACACGAAGACAGAGACAGAACGACAAUAUAAACGAGUCGUAUAGCUUGAGUCUCGGAUGGAAACAGCAUAGGCCGAGCAGAAAGCUGCUCCAGUGAAGUGCGUCUCUCGGUGUGUAAGGAUAGCUGUACGCUAUAUACCUACCGGAUUGAUAAGUGGAAGUCGAACGUCUCGCGGGGAGGUGAUACGUCAAGGAAACUCAACCAAAAAUUCUUGUAAUUAUACGAUGUAGAGACACCAGUCGAACCGUCUACCGUGAUAUACGCGAGGAGAGAAUCCCAACUCCAUGAUCAGCUGAUGCGCCUAUCGACGUCGAGGGCAGCAUCAACAACAACAAUAACAAAGCCAGUGCAGAACGUCAGUCCAAAUUGAUUCCAGUCGACAAAAGACGAGUCAUCGAACGUUUUCGUAUGUUAUCGAGCGACUGAAUUAAGAAGUGCAAACGAAUCAGCAAACUCUAGAAGCAUAUCAUUAAAAUGCAGUCAACAAAGUUCUGAUCGUUGCAUCUCCACUGCGUUAUUCGAGUGAAUACAAUUGGACUGUUAUUUUUUGUAAAAAUGGGAGGUGCAUUUAGUAAUGGACAGGACAACGAUGAACUCGUAGAUAAUUUGGUGGAUACUGGCUAUAUCAGGUCAAAAAAGAUUGAGCAAGUCUUUAGAGCUGUGGAUAGGGGUGAUUACUUUCUCUCGUCUCACAGAGAAAGUGCUUAUAAAGACUUUGCUUGGAAGCACGGUAACAUACAUUUAUCAGCGCCAUGCAUUUAUUGCGAAGUCAUGGAAGAGCUUGCGCUGAAACCUGGCUUGAGUUUUUUAAAUCUUGGCUCAGGAACUGGUUAUCUUAGUACAAUGGCUGGCUUAUUGUUAACUCAUAGUGGUACAAAUCAUGGGGUGGAACUGCAUGAAGACUGUGUUAGAUACUCAUAUGAUAGACUUGAAGAAUUCAAGCAAAGAUCCCUUGCCUUAGAUGAAUUCGAUUUUUGUGAACCUGUGUUUGUUCAAGGAAACUGUUUGAGCAUUGUGCCUAAUAGGCGGUAUGACAGAGUUUACUGCGGAGCCACAUGUCCAGAGUCUCAUGAGGCUUUGAUAAAGGAGUUUGUGAAAGUUGGUGGCAUCUUGGUGAUGCCAUACAAAGACCAUUUAGUGAGAGCCAAGAGAAUCGAUGAAACCAAAUGGGAACUCGAAUCUAUGUUGCCAGUGUCUUUUGCCAAUUUAGUUGUACCUGCUUCAACUGAUGCAGCAUGCCGUUUACCCGACUGCAAUCCACUUUCACUGCAAGAGCUGUGCCGAGGCAAAAUUCGCCAUCGGUUGCGGCAGAAUGUCUGGUCAGAACAUACAGAUCUCGAAACCAGCAAGCCCAUCUCGUCGGAGCGCAACCGACCAAGUCCACCGCAUCGAGCGCUGCGUCAGUUUGUCAUUCCUAUUUUCGAGGAGUCGGACGAGAACCCCGCGGAAGAGGACGAGGAGGCUCGUGUGCACAGAACGCGGCUACUCCUUAACGUCGACGGUUCGCCCGGCGAGAACUUGCGCACCACUUUGCAGUUCGUGCGUGCCGCGAUGCAGCCCAACAACGAUCGCAAUGCCAGCGACGAACAAGUUUCGGCUGACGAGAGACGAUUCUCUCCUCCGAUCGCUCGUUCUCGCGCCUAUCAAUGGCUGGAGGAGGACGAUGAGCUUUCAAGCAGCACCGAAGAGGAUACUCGUUGUGAUACGAAUCUGAGCAAUGAACGGGACAGACGCGACUCUGGGCGCAGCUCCGAUCGUGCUACGACACAGCCUAACAGUCGAAAUACAAGCGACGAGUGUGAUCCUCCAGCUGACGUUGAUGAUGUUAAUAAUGUUAACCAUAACGAAGCUGAUGAUGUGAAUGAUGUUAAUGACUCUGCCAUUAACAUCAACUGGCCAGAAGAGGAAUGGGAAGCCGCGGAGCACUCGAGUAGCACGGAGGAGGAUACCAACUUUAGUAGCGAGCGAGAUAGACGCGACUCAGACUCGGCUUGGGAGAAGUCCCACUCGGAGAGCAACGCCCUGGAUCACAGCAGUGACAGGUUCAGAAGCAGGCCUGGACCAACGACUGGCUUGUCGGCGUACUCGAAUAUGAGUGAGAGUGAGAGCGAACAAGAGGAUAUCAGCGAUCGUAACGCAGCUUCGCGUUCGCCACUGCACCAGCCUUCAACGCUCGUGCAGCGCAAGAAGGUGAGUCGUAAGGACAAGGCAGACAGCGGCAUAGUCGAGGACGCCUGCAACACUGGCAACGACGAAGCUAGCUUUAGUUCAGAUUCGGACUUUGCGAACGGCACACCUGUGAAACACAAGCGCAGCAGUCCGUCGACGACGCCGCGCGUUAAUAAUCAUAACAACAAUGGUGGUAGUAAUGAUAACAGCUGCAGGCAGCGAAAUCGUCUGAGAAGGCUUGACUCCAGCGAAAACCCAUACAAUUUUAGCAACUUUCACUAUGUCGACACAAACGCAUUCUCAUCCUAUAUGAAGGAAAAAAUACAUCAACUGCCCUUACCUUACUCCCUCAAGCUGUACAUAAAUUAUAAUCGAAAUCUGUAAUUUUUUAGUAAGGGCAUCGUCACUUAGUGCGUAGCUCGAGUUGUUAAUCGGAGGUUAAAUUCUGUACGUAAGGUGGCUCGAGUUUCUGGUGCUAAAGAGUGGCAGCUGUAUAUCGCGUUCAGUUUAGUUGAAAAGUUAAUUAGACACUUUUCGGGUGACAGGGACCUUUCAAUCAACGUUUUUUUUUUUGUAGCUUAUAGAUAUUAAUAUAUGCAUACUUUUUGUGGUAGAAUUAAAAUUAUUGCAGACUCUAUAAUUAAGUGGCGAUUUGUAGAGCCGUGAACGUUUAAACCUCUUUUUAUGUCAAUUUUAACACCAAAUUUCAUGCAGCGUAUAUGUAAAAGAAAAAUUUAUCAAGUGCAACUUCUAUGCGAAUGUAAAUAUUAAAAAGCGCUGCGGAUUCUCUGCCUUUCAUAACAUUGAUCAUCGAUUUUUCUAACCGUGGGCGUGUUUUAAGGAUAUUCUUAGAAGAUACUAAGCGAGCUGAAAUAAUUUUACCUAUUUCAUUUUCGUCCCUUCAAUACCCUCUCUCGGUGGCUAGAAGUGCCGCAGUAAGAGUGUCAGUUACCGACUGAGUGACUGUGCCACUGUUGAAUCCCAAUUAGUUUUUUUUUUAUAUUACUAUUUUAUUCGAUUUAGUUAGAUUAUUAAAAGAUUUAUUUAAAAUAUAUUAUGUGUUAUCAACCAUUGAGAGUAUAAUUUUCAAGUAUUUAUCACGGUCUUAUGAUAAGUUAUAAUUUAGGAUAAGGGUUGAAAAUAUAUCUAUAGUUUAUUAAAUGUAUUUACUUGGCAUUUAAAAGCAAUGAUUAGUCUUUUAAUUAAAUGUGUGAUUAUGUGGUGAUAGCCGAUAAGAGUUCAAAGCAACAUUGAGCGAAAUUCAUCUGGUCUUUUUGUAUGAUUAUUAAGAAUUAUUCCUAUGUCUGUUAGUAUUUACUCUUUCUCUUAAUGUUUAUAAAACAAAAAGCUAGGUUUAUGAAAUUGACAAAAAGGUACUUUUUUAGAUAAAUCAUGUAGGCGAUUCACGCGUUUAUAAUAAAAGUUUUAUAAUAAAAAUAUAAAAUUUUAAA